GAAGCUAAACUUAAAAGGAUCCUUAGAAGAUGGCACAUGCCGAAAGCAAUGAUCACGCUCAGAGUGCAUCGAACAGGCUCCAUCAAGAUAGGCUUAGUGUUAGCACUAGGCACAGGCACAGGCACUUCUCAAUAAAAUAAAAAUAAAGGAAAGCUAUUGUCAUGGAGAAUGCUCGGGGAGAAGACGAGGCAUCUGUGCUCUCCAGUGGAUCCAAGUAUAAUAUGAGUCGCUCCUUCAUGGAUAUGGCCACCAGCACCCAGUGGUCACUGGUCACUGGGGCCAGAAUCACUGAAGCGGCACUCAUGCCAUCUUUACGGUCUGCCCAGAGCAUUCCAUUCUACUCGGUCUACGACCAUGCGUCGGACUACGCCGAGCUCGCGUGCUACUCCAGCCUGCUCUACAAGCUGCUCAAGUUCUUCGAGUCGGACUUUGAGCGCAAGUCGAAGAUGCACAAGCGGCGCGUCGACACGCCGCGGGGAGUGUUCGGCGAGCUCCACCCCUGCACCACUACCUGCUCGUCUGCCGGCAGCUGACGUACGUAAUCGCUGAGGCGUACGGCGAGAUGCUCGACAUCAAGAUGGCGAUUGUCGAGGAGCAGCAGACGAUGCCAUCGCCGCACGCUGUCAGGAA